AUGGCACCAAUGACGCAUCAAUGGAAAAAAAUUCUUUAUGCUCCGCAGCCCCAUGAGGACAAUUAUGUCGACAAGACUUUCUUAGAGCAAUUGCGGACUAACGCUCAUGUCCAAGAGCACGACUACGGUGGCAUGGUCCGCUCGGCUGCGGCUAUCAUACAGCAGAUAAGCGCUAUUUUGAUUUUUUACUCGAUGUUUGAAUUUGUCCGGCAAGAUUUUGUAUCAACCGUGUUUCUGGGCGUAAUUGAUGUGACACUAGCAGUGACAGGCUUUGCAGUGCUUCGUACUCACCUCGAAGUACCAUUGUGCACAUGGGACACCAUAAACGCGUGCCUACUGUUCUGCGCUACGCUAUCACUGCUGUCACCUGUGCUACGGACGCUCACGAAAUCGUACGCGGACGACACGAUAUGGGUGCUGGCAACAUUUCUGGGUAUGCUGCACCUUCUCACCCACGAUUACAACUAUGUCAACUCAGGUAUCGGCCGCUUUAGUGGCACCAUCUCACUAAAUGCCGCCAUAUUCACGGCGGUGCUACUAGGCUCAAGACUGCAGUCAAAUGAGCAUGUUUUCGCUUUCGUGCUCCUUGCCAUUGAAGUCUUCGCCAUUUUCCCCAUCUUCCAACGCGAAGUCAAACGGUACUCAGAGCGGCUGCACUUGAUAACGACAGCCAUGAUACUUUUCCUCGCGCUGACGCUGACGUGGCAGAUUUCAGGCUUGCUAAGCGUACUCACGGGUGCCUUUGUCAUAUUCUUGGCUUUCGUGUGCCCACUCUGGUUCAUGCAUGUGCAAGAAUCUAAAAGUGAGAUUCUUGGACCUUGGGACAUCGCUCACAUCCAACCCGAGCAGUAG